CAGAAAUAGUUUUUGAGAAUAGACCAAUCAACAUACUUGUUUAUAUUGAUGUAAGGCGAAAUAAUAUCGUUAUAAUGACAUUCGUCAAAAACUGGAGAAAAAAUGAAAAGUUUUUACAAGAAGUUGAACCAUUAAAGCCGGUUGUAAUUUUUAUAAGAAGACCUGAUCUAAAAGGCUUGUUCUCUCGGCCGGGUGAUAGUGGUGCGCCCAUAUUUUCUUAUUCAUCGGAUUUGCAAACGGUAAGUUUAGCUGGCAUACUCCUUGGAGGUACUACAGCUACUGGAGGGGAUGAAUUUACAUCUGGUGUAUCAGCAACAGAAAUUCUAGAACGUG